AUGUCUUGUCCAAUUUCCGCCCUUCUGAACCCGCCGCCGGAGCCUGAUCCGGCACCGGAGGCAUCACAAACCGCUAGGGCAGAAUCCGAAGGUUCGCUGCCCACAGCGUCACAGACUCCACAACAGCCGCAGUUUCCUACCAAUAGAGCAGCUUCACCGACGGCAUUCGUUCAAGUAGUCAGAAAUGUCCCUCCGCUUCCUCAGAUCGUAAUCGCCGAUGCUACAUCCCAGCGCCACAAACGUGCCGCAAGCACAUCCGCACCCUCCUCCCCACAGGAUGGCGAUGGCAACCUCGUACUUCGGCGAAAGCGCGCGAAACUCAACCCGAUCUCGAUUCCUCCCAUCAGCAGUAUUACAGGACCUUUGCAUGGCACUGAAAAUCUUUCACUCAGACUCCCACCCAUCGAUCUCCUCAACCCACAGGGCACCGCCAGGUCGCAUCCGCGGCACACUCCCGUACGCACCCCGAGCCGCCGCUUCAACCUCUUCACCGCCUUCCUCCUGCACCCCAACGACCUCCUGCUGCACCUUUGCACCCAUCUCCGUGUUCCCGAACUCUUCGCCCUCUACACCAUCUCCAAGCCCUUCCACUUCAUCAUCAAUCUGCACCUUAGCACCUACAUGCUGGCCUGCGCGCGGGCCCAUGCUCCCGAGAGCGUCGUGCUCUUCCCCUUCAAAUGCUAUGGAGCGCUAUGCAUCCUGGACCCGAUAAGGCGCCCGCAUCCGAUUCCGAGCCCGUGGCGCAGGAUCCCGGACCGCCUGGUGCCGGGCUUCAAGUGGCUACAGAUGGUGGUGUCGAGGGAGAGAGCGGUCGAGGAGAUUCUGGCCCUGUUGGCGGUGAAGGGACAUCGGCUUCCGAAGCCGGCGAGCGAGACGCUGAAGAAGAUCUGGAUGAUCAUGGAUACUGGGACGAAUCGGCAGCGCCUGAGUCUGAUACACAAUGACCGCUUUUUUACGAACAACGACAUGAUCUGCGCAACAAUUACGUUCAUGAAGCUCGAUAUGCGCUUCUCGGACCCAGUGGACGGGAUGGGCGAGACGGCCAUGCGGAAGAUGAUUCUAGGAAUGAGAGGUUUGGGCGAGAGAGGUCUGUUGGGGGUCCUGAGGGGCACGUUUUUGAGGAGCAGGUUGGAGGUCUUGCAGUGGUAUGUCAGGCAGGACUGGCAAGACCGUGAGGCCGGUCACGAACAUAUGAGCAUCUUCGGCGUCCCGCCCGAGGAAGUGGGGACGGCGUGUCUUGAGCGCUGGACGACGCGUGCCGUGAAUGGUUCGGGGAGGCAGACAUCAAAUGAGUCUACGGACUCGCAGGCAGAGACCGAUGCAGUGAACCCGCAGCCAGCUCGGAAGAGACUCCUUCGGCCGGAUCAGCUAGUCAUGGGAGAGGGCGUGCUGCGGAACUCGGGACUCCACAGGUACUACCUGGACGCGAUACUCUACGGCUAUCUCGAUCCUCAGACGCUGGAAGAGAUCCCGGUCCCGACUGUGGAGGAGACAAUGGCGAAGUUGCAACUCAACGAUGAGGAACACGGCGCUUUUGGGCCGGCAAAUCCGAGCAGGGUUUUCACUGGAGAAGGGUACUUGAGUGAGAUGUUGCGGAGGAGCAGGCGUGGGCAACAACGAGAGGACGUUGAUCCUUCGGUAUCGACGCCCGCGCUUUAUACUGACGCUUGA